UUUCUGGUUUCAGAGCUCGGAACUCUCUAGAGCCCCUCACUCUCCCUCCCUCUUAUAUAAAUCCCAUCCUCACACCCUCAUUCUCCACAACACCAAAAACCCGAGAAGCUCUCUGCGUUUCAUAAUUCUCAAAAUCCUCUCUAAGCUCUGAUGGAAGACGACUUUGAUUUCCCAACUGGCCCCAACCCUGAAGACGUCGACAUGGACAUCCCCGAGGAAGAAGACGACGCCAUCAGCCCGGGCCCAAUAAAGGUCGGCGAUGAGAAGGAGCUUGGGAAGAAUGGGCUCAAGAAGAAGCUAAUCAAGCAAGGUGAAGGCUGGGAGACGCCUGGCUCCGGCGACGAGGUUCAAGUUCAUUAUACUGGGACUCUGCUUGAUGGCACCAAGUUUGAUUCCAGCCGUGAUCGGGGGACGCCUUUCAAGUUCAGUCUUGGUCAAGGACAAGUGAUCAAAGGAUGGGAUGAGGGCAUUAAGACCAUGAAGAAAGGUGAAAAUGCAAUUUUCACCAUACCACCUGAGUUGGCUUAUGGCGAGUCUGGAUCCCCUCCAACUAUUCCUCCCAAUGCCACACUUCAGUUUGAUGUGGAGUUGCUUUCCUGGACUAGUGUCAAGGACAUAUGCAAGGACGGUGGAGUUAUUAAGAAGAUUCUUACUGAAGGGGAGAAAUGGGAGAAUCCAAAAGACCUUGAUGAAGUAUUUGUCAAGUACGAGGCUCGUCUUGAGGAUGGCACUCUCGUAUCAAAAUCUGAUGGGGUAGAGUUCACUGUUGAAGAUGGCUACUUAUGCCCGGCCUUGGCAAAGGCUGUGAAAACAAUGAAGAAAGGUGAAAAAGUCCAUUUGACUGUUAAACCACAAUAUGGAUUUGGUGAGGCUGGAAGACCAGCUGCUGGUGAUGAAGGUGCAGUGCCUCCAAAUGCAACUCUUAGUAUAUCUCUGGAGUUGAUCUCUUGGAAGACAGUUUCAGAUGUUACAAAGGAUAAGAAGGUCCUGAAAAAGGCCUUAAAGGAGGGAGAGGGUUAUGAACGCCCUAAUGAUGGUGCAGUUGUUCAAGUGAAAAUGGUUGGGAAGUUGCAUGAUGGCACAAUCUUUACGAAGAAGGGACAUGAUAAUGAGCCAUUUGAAUUCAAGAUAGAUGAAGACCAAGUUAUUGAUGGACUUGAUAGAGCGGUGAAGAGUAUGAAGAAAGGGGAAGUGGCCCUAGUCACCAUUCAACCUGAAUAUGCUUUUGGGUCGUCUGAGUCCACACAAGAGUUGGCUAUUGUCCCUGCAAAUUCAACUGUAUAUUAUGAGGUGGAGCUGGUCUCCUUUGUCAAGGAGAAGGAAUCUUGGGACAUGAACACACAAGAAAAAAUUGAAGCGGCUGGCAAAAAGAAGGAAGAAGGCAACGCACUCUUUAAGGCUGCCAAAUAUGAAAGAGCCUCAAAGAGAUACGAAAAGGCUGUGAGAUAUAUAGAGUACGACUCGAGCUUCAGUGAUGAUGAGAAGCAGCAGGCUAGGGUGCUGAAGAUCACUUGCAAUCUGAAUGAUGCUGCAUGCAAGCUCAAACUGAAAAAGUACAAAGAGGCUGAAAAGCUUUGCACAAAGGUUCUGGAACUUGAUAGUCGAAAUGUGAAAGCCUUGUACAGGAGGGCGCAAGCCUACAUUCAGCUUGUUGAUUUGGACUUAGCAGAGCAGGACAUUAAGAAGGCCCUUGAGAUUGAACCAAACAACAAAGAUGUGAAACUUGAGUACAAGCUUCUAAAGGAAAAAGUCCGAGAGUACAACAAAAAAGAUGCUCAAUUCUAUGGCAAUAUAUUUGCAAAAAUGAGCAAACAUGAUCCAGUUCCAAUGACCAUUGAUAGCAAGGCGUGACCAUUUUCCUUAACGUAGAACAGAAAUAGAGGCUUCGUGUUGUAUUGUUUACUUUGUGAAAGCUUCAUACUUCUUGUACACCGAACAAAAUCAAUGUCAUGGAAUAAUUAAAAUCAGUUUUCCUUGGUUGCAUCUUCUUCUUCUUUGGGGUUGGUUGCAUCUUGGUUCUUAUUCUUGGUUACAUAUCAUUGGCAAUACUGUAGAGGAUGCGAGCAGUGACCAUACUGUUGGAACUCCAUUAAUCUCUUGAUUUGGAACAAUGAACAAGCUAUAUCCAAGAGACCUCAU